AUGUCAGUUGUUACCAUAUCAUCAACAGUAUUACUCAAUAUAUCAGAUAUAUUAGCAAGAGGUAUAAAACUAGAAUAUGGAGUAUUAUUAGGAUAUCAAGAUGGUGAUGAUUAUACAAUUGUAACGUCUUUUGAAUUUAGUAUAGAUCAUUUAUAUGCUAGAUUUAUGCAAUUACAACAAACUCAUCCUAAUUGUACAAUAAUUGGAAUAUAUCAUAUUAUAGAUUCAGAUAUAAAUUCUUCAACUAUUGCUAAAUUACAUGAAUUAAAUCAAUUAUGUCAAACUUUUGAGUUACCAAUUAUAUUAUCCCCAUUAUAUUUAACUUAUUCAACCACCACGAAAGAUAAAUUUCCAUUUAAAGCAUAUUCCCUCAAUACAAAUACAAAACUUGAUAUAAAAUUAACAAUAAAUGAAACAGAAAAUAUAGUUGUUUCAACAAUUGAUAAAUAUAAAAAUUAUACAUCAAAUAAAGUAGAUAAACAAAUAGAUUUAUCAAAACAUUUAAAAGAAUUGAAAAAAUUAAACAAAAAUUCAACGAAUCAGGCGUUAACACCUAAAGACUUACAACAAAUUGAAUACUCCAAACAUCUAAACUUACAAUUUAUUCAAUUAGCUUUAUUAACUGAACAAAAAAUUAAUUUAGAUAAAGUUAAUCAUCAAUUUGUUAAAUUAUGGAGAUUAAGUUAA